UAAUAUUUUCUCCCGAUACACCGUUCCGCAUAAACGAUCACAAGCCCUUUCCCCUGUGCUUUUUUGGCGGGAAAUGCCCUAGUCCCGGAACCUUGGUGUAUUUUUGGCGGGAACGGCGCUAAUUUAUCUCCCUCCCGCCAAGAUUCAGGAGCCCAGAGAGAGAGAGAGAGAGAGAGAGAGAGAGAUGGUUGGGCUGCCCUACGACUGCCUCCAGAACCCGCAUGGAGCGGUGCGGCUUACAUUCGAGAAGGCGGUUUCGACGUCGCAGGACGUCGAUCCAGUUGCGCCGCUCUGUGGCAAGGAUUGGGGCGCCGUCGAUUUAUUCCGCAAGUUUCUUUUUGAAGAAAACGGCCUUUCAAAGGUUCCGAUCCUUGAUAAAUCGAGUCUUACAUGGAUGAGGCCCAACACACUGGUGCGCUUCAGGGGGAUGGUGCAAGAUAUGCUUGGAAACGAGCUGUACAUUGGGGCUUUCAAGGAUGGUUCUACUUGGAGUACAAACAAGUUUACUGAUGUUGCGUACCGACCGAUGCCUUCAUCUUGUCAAUCUUAUCUUUGGGAGCGCCGGCUUUUUGUUUGUGUUCCUGUUCCAGGACACAAUUCAUGGAUUUUGGAUGCUGCACCUCAAGUUCAAAACAACUAUGUUGAAGAUGAUGCUUCCCAACAAAGAGAAAAACGGAUGAGAGAUGCAAAUCAUGAUUCCAUGGAACUGAAUGUACUAGAUGAUAUGGACUCCACAUGCUCCAAGAAGCAGAGGGAGGAUGAAUAUAUUUUUCAGCCACGUCAGUCAGUGGUGGGAGAACCAGUGUUGCAGGGCAGUAUGCUUGAGAAGAGUAAACCUGAAGAUGACUCCUUUUUAUGCUUAGUUAAGGCAUAUGACUUGCCCGAGAGUCAUUUGAAAUUGAAUGAUGUGUUCGAGUUUAUAGGAAUUUACACUUUUGAUCCUGAACUUGUUCAUGUAAGUGAGACUGAUGAUUCAUCAUUUGACCUCAUGGAAGAUGUGUCAAAUCAGCUCCCUUUGUGCAAGGUACCACGUCUUCAUUGUUUAGUAUCCAGAAAGCUUGCUGUUCAAGAUUUUCUCUCUGGUUCACUUACACUGCAGCCACUUCCUAACGUGAUGAGGGAUAUCCGAGAAUCUUUGCUAGUGCAUCUUGCAGCACUUCUAGGCAACGACACAGUAGCAGCACAGUUCUUAUUGUUGCAUCUCUUAUCUAGGGUGCGUCAUAAAGUGGAUGUGGUUGCGCUAGGGAAACUGUCACUUAACCUGACCGGCUUCACUAGAGAAAGUGCAUCUGUUUUCGGAAAUCAACUUAAUAAUACAAUUAUUAAACUCUCUCCUUUCUCCAAAGUAAUUCCCCUCUCUGUGGAGUAUCUCAACAAAACCAUGCUUCAGCCGAAGAAAGAUAACCAAUCGGGAAGGUUGGUGACUGGAGUGCUACAGCUUGCACAAGGUACACACUUGACUGUUGAUGAGACUCAUCUGCAAGCUGGGCCUCUCAAUUCUCUUGGUUUUGAGAAUGCUCGUUUAUUAAAGCAUUUGAUGGAGUGGCAAACGGUAGAAUAUGACUUUGAAUAUUAUAAGAUAGAAAUGGCUGCCGACAUCCAGAUGCUGAUUUUCUCUGAGGGCAAAUCCAAUAUAUUACCAGCCGAUAUAGUUUUACCUUUUCGUCCUACCUCAUUUGUUUCUGUAAAGCAGGCAAGCACUGAGGAAUUGCAUGCUUGGAGGUGGUAUCUUGCCACCGUAAGGUCUCUUCCCUACUCUAAUGAAUCUCAAGUGCAACAGAUGCUCCAGGAUGAAAUUGUUUCAGCCAUGCGAGAAGAUCGAAGCUUGGGUUACAAUGACCUCAACAGAUUGCUCACUAUGGCCCAGUUACUGUCGGGAAGCUUAGGCGAAACAAGCCUCUCUUUGGAGCAGUGGAGAAAGAUGAAGGACUUGGAGAAGCUUAGAAAGGAAAGACUGAGUUGAUAUAGGGAAGAGUGUGAGAUGUGCUGUUUAGUUUAAUCUGUAGAAGGGAUCAAAUUCAGGGCAGUGUACAUAAAUAUUGUUAUUCUGAGGAUCCAAAUCUUAAUAUAUGAAAAUAUGCAGAACAUGCAAAUCCAGCAUAUUUAAAGGUUGUUUCUGAAAAUGUUGACUCCAUGUAGCUGUAACAAUCCCCCCUUUCUGGAAUUCAUGUGCUAAGUUGGAUCUUUUCAGUUUUCUACAGGUAGAACACUCAAUGCUUUUAAUG